AAGCAACAGCACCUCUAAUAUGUUUUAAGUCGUUGUUCGUACACUCAAUAUUAUAUUAUUUUGAAUAGUACGUUUUUGUUGAGCGAAAUAAAGGAAAUACGAUAUUUUAAGAAAAUAAAAAUGUUUAAAUUCUAAUACCUAGUUUUCAAUUUUUCGCAAAUUAUUUUCAAAAUAUUGUGUAUCAGAUCAUACGGUUGGGCAUUGAAGGGACUUGACAUUCGUAAAUGACAAAUAAUACAGGUUCAGAAAACCAGAACGAUGGCCGAUAAAUCGAGUGAAAAAUAUUCGUGUGAUAACACUAAUAAUACUUCUGCAGAAACCACAACACCUUCCAACAACAUGGCUGAUAAAAAUGGCGAAGAUAUUUCGGGUGCAACCUGUACCAUUUUACCUAGUCCCGAAAUAAUCUCAGAAGUAUUUUACUCCUUCGACGACCCGGAUUCUGAACUUGAUCCACUUCAAUUGUCUAUGAAAAAAAUUGUUGGUAAAUUGUUUAAUCAAAUUAGUGAUGAUAAAUUAAAAAUCCACGACAUUGACAAUGACAAUGACAAUGACGAUGUCAAUGUUAAUGAAAAUUAUCAAAACGAUCUCGUCGAUAUUAAUAUCGAUGUCAAUAAUGAACCCAAUGUAUAUGCUGCUGAUGGUGAUAUUCAAAACAAUAUGUUAGUAGCACUCAGAAAACACGAGAAUAUCGAGGAUACAAUGUGUCCUUCAAACUUUUUUUUUGAUUAUAAAAAUUAUAAAGAGUUAUUUUUUUCAACUGAAAACAUCAAUUUCUCUACUCCGGAGCUCCCAUUAUCACUUACACUCACUCCGCAAUUAAACUUUGAUGUUGAUUUCAUUAAACAAGAUCAACAAUAUAUUGAUUUUAUGUCUGUUUUCACAGAAUUCGAUUUUUGUAAGCCAUUUCUUGAAAAAAUAUUCUCAUAUUUAUCUUAUAAAGAUAUUGCAUCGAUGACUAAAGUGUCUAAAACUUGGCGCAAAGCGGUUUCGAAAUCUGCAAAUGCACAAAAAGAGUUGGAAAAAGUUUUUAUACAGGCAAUAUUAUAUUUUUGUCAUAAAAAUGCGAGUGUAACAGAUGAAUACAAACAAUUGUAUGAUAAAAUAUUAAUACAUUUUAAAAAUCAAAUACAAUUUUAAAAAAAUGAUUUUUAAAACAUAAAAAAAAUAGUGCAAUAUCCAGCUAGAACAAAAUAGAUUGCUUAUAAAAAAAUAUAAUAUUAUAGAUAAAUUAUAUAUCUAGUACAUUAUGACUACGAAUAAAAAUAUCGUGUAGCAGUUGGUUUAUUCCGAAAUUAUUUAAAUUAGAACACUGAUGGUUUAACUCAAAGAACAAUAGCUGCAUUCAUUUAACUUUGAGUUAAACUUAAAAGUUAAAUUCUUAAAGUAUAAGUUAGGCAGCUGCCUAGAAAAUAUUUACCCGUUCCUAGUUAAUAAUACGUAGGUACAAAUAAGUACAUUUAAUACCAACUGCUACUGAAUAUUAACUACGUAUAUAAACUUAAAUGCCUACUAACAUACCAUGUUUUAUCUGUAUGCAUUACUUAAUUAAUUAUAA